AUGGUUGCUUCAUCUGAAACUCCAUAUGCUGAUCAAACUGCUUCAUUCGGGCUACUAAGUAUUAAGCCCAACCAGAAUCUUAUCUUGGAUUUUGACUCAUCCAAGUAUAACGCCUUUCUUCAGCCAUUGAUCGAGUGCCUUCAUCAGUCUCCUUUAACUCCAACACUCGCAUUGUUUGAAAAUGUUCCUUUGUCUUACUUAUACAAAGCUUACUCUAUUGUUCGUUAUCAAGAAAGUGGGUCUAUCAUGACUUUCGAGGUUCGUUCUCAAGAAACCUCCAUCACCAAGGCCCAAUAUAGUCGAUUAAUGGGAUUUCCUGCAUCUAGGGAUUUAGUGGAUCCAUAA